AUGUUCAGAAACAACUACGACAACGAUGCCGUCACCUUCUCCCCACAAGGCCGGAUAUUUCAAGUUGAAUAUGCCCAAGAAGCCGUGAAGCAAGGUUCCGUCGUCGUGGGAUUGGUGAAUAAGACACAUGCCGUCCUGGUCGGCUUGAAGCGCAACGCAGAAGAACUCUCAUCCUACCAGAAGAAGAUCAUUGAGAUCGACUCGCACAUGGCCAUUGCCAUUGCAGGCCUAGCCUCCGACGCCCGCGUCCUCUCCAACUUCAUGAAGCAGCAAUCUCUCGGCUCCAAGAUGACCUACGGCCGACCAAUCCCCCUCGACCGCAUCGUCUCGCAGAUCGGUGACCGCGCUCAGACCAACACCCAGCACUACGGGAAACGGCCCUAUGGUGUCGGCUUGCUGGUAGCCGGUGUCGAUGAGGCUGGCCCGCACCUGUUCGAGUUCCAGCCUUCCGGCCUCACUCACGAGAUGGUUGCUUGUGCUAUCGGUGCCCGUUCGCAGAUGGCCCGUACGUACCUCGAGCGUAAUUUGGAUAAGUUCCACGAUUGCAGUCGCGAUGAGUUGAUCAAUCACGGCCUGCGCGCGCUCAAGGAAAGUCUGAGCCAGGAUAAGGAGCUUACGGUGGAAAAUACCUCGAUUGGUGUUGUUGGACUGGCUGGUGAGGGCGCCAAGGGUCGCUUUGAGAGCUUCAAGCUGUAUGAGGGUCAGGAGACGGUACCUCUGUUGGAGGCGCUCGAGCGCUCUGAGCAGUCUGGCACAGCUGAGGAUGAGACCAUGGAGGAUUCAUAA